CCACACCUUCUCUUGCUGGCACAUUAUAACAUGCUGGUCUUAGCUGGAGCUUCAACUUGUCUCUCUACUCUCUCCUUUAGAGGAGGCACCAGAAGAUUGAGGAUUCUCUCAUAUACCAGACCUGUGAUAAUCCGUAGACUAACGCCCACGCUCUCCCCUUAUAUUUCACAUUCUACUCUUUCAUCUCGCUCUAAGUUGCUUCAGUGUAGUCUCCACCCACCACGGCCUCUAUUGGUACGAUACGUGACCUCUGGCGAGGGGAGUGAAGGGGUUAAAAAUGUCUCAAAAUGGAAGGAGACACAGAACAGGGUUGUUGGUAUGCUGAAGGAAUAUGGUGCUGUGGGUGUGGCUUUUUAUAUGACACUAUCAUUCUCAGUACUAGGAAUCUGCUACUUGGCUGUCAGAGCUGGUGUUGAUGUUGAAAGCUUGCUUUCAUACUUGAAGAUUGACUCAAGCCGAUAUUCAUCUGCUUCAACAUUUGCCGUUGCUUAUCUUAUUUACAAGCUCCUCUUUCCAGUGAGAGCAGCUGUCACGUUGACCUGUCUUCCAUUUAUUGUCCGAUUCCUGAGAUCCAAAGGAUUAAUGAAGCCAAAGCAGAUUCCUCGCACUCAAUGAUGUGACAUUCUAUUGCUGUAAAGUCUGUGUAUUUUUGACAAAAUGUAACAAGUGAAAUGAAAGUUCCUCAGCAUUCUCUACUUCUCUUUGCUCUCUCUCUCUCUUUCACUCACUCAU